CUCUAUACGCUUCUCCCCAUCAGCGUGGCAAAGCGGACACAUUCUGUGCACUCUCGCUGUGCGCACCCUGUGCGCACCCUUCUAUGCGGCCGGCAUUCUAUGCGUGCUAGCGACUACGACGUCUCUUAGUGUCGCGCACAUUCGCGUUCGCGCUUCGACAGCACUACGCGCCUGCUUCGCAAAUCGCUAGAAAGGCCUCAUGGACUUGCGGAAUCUUGCCUCUGCAGCAAGUCUCGCAACCGUGUGCGCGAACGUGUAUGGGGGGGUUGGUUUGAGUCAGGGGAUUCUGAAGUUACUGUUAAACGAGGCAGCCGUGUACGCGGUCUUGAGGAAAAUGCCCUUCUCUUCGCAAUGCUGCUUCAGCCGCUGCAGGCUUGGCUGCAGGGUUUGGGCGUCUACGGGCCGCUUCCUUUUCGGGCUGAGCCCCCACAGCCACCUUGUGCAUCGGGUGGACAGGAUGGGGCUCGUGUACAGGUAGCAGGGUAGCCAGCAAGGUUAACACUGUACUCCUGCCCCCUCCCUCCGUGUGUGCGAAGUGCGGGCGGCGCUUACUCGGCAACGGGCAGCGCUGCCUGCAGGCGGUCGUACCAUGGGGGGGCUUACGUGCUCACCAAGUCCAAGUGUGCAACCACUGCGGGACGGUGUGGGUGAGUCCACUUUGUGGGCGGGCGGCUGGCUGGGCGAUGGAUGGGGAUGUGACGUCAACUCCGCAACCAACAUCCGGCACGCGCUGGUGGAGGUGCUGCUGGGGCACAAGCGACCUGCAUCGCUGCAGACUGGCGGCGGCGGCGGCGGUGGCGGCGGCGGCAGCGGCGGCGGCGGCAGCGGCAGCAGCGGGGGCGCGUGCGCGCAUCUUGGUAGCAGAGGGGGCGGGAAAGGCCACGUGGAGGAGGAGAGCGCAGCGCCGCCCAAGAAGCGGCGCAAGCGCGCAGGCUGAGGAGCCGGCUGGUGUCUAGGUAGCGGUUCGCGGUGGGGCAGGCGUCGCGGCAUGACAAGUAGUGCGGCUGUUGACAACUGUGCUACGUCUGGCUGCGGUUGGCUCUGCUGUGGCAUCGCGAUUGCUAGGCACCUGUUUUGGCUAUGUGCCUGUGGAAACCGACCCCGGCUAUGUCCGGGCGAUGAGGUUGUUCGGCCUCAGACUGUGGAGGGGCUCAGCCCCUUUUCCCGUGACCGGG